UCAUGACUACUGAUGAAGCAUCCACCACUAGUGCAAUAGAAACAUCUUCAACAUCAGAGACUUCCACAAUCAUGACUCCUGAUGAAACAUCAACCACUAGUGCACCAGAAACAUCUACACCAACAGAGAGAUCCACAAUCACAACAGCUCCUGCUGAAACAUCCACCACUAGUGUAGCAGAAAUAUCUUCACUAACAGAGACUUUUAAAAUCACAACAACUGCGGCUGAAACCUCCACCACUAAUGCAGGCGAAAGAUAUUCAACAACAGAAACUUCCACAAUGACAACAACUCCUGCUGAAACACCCACAAUUAGUGCAACAGAAACAUCUACAACAACAGACACUUCCACUAUAACGAUUCCUACUGAAACAUCCACCACUAGUGCAGAAAAAACACCUGCAACAACAGAGACUUCCACAAUAAUGACUCCUGCUGAAACAUCCACCAUUAGUUUAGUAGAAAUAUCUUCAACAACAGAGACUUCCACAAUCACAACAAUUCCUGCUGAAACAUCCACUAUCAGUGUACCAGAAACAUCUACUACAAAAGAGACUUCCACAAUCACAACAACUACAGCUAAAAUAUCCAUCAUAAGUGAAGCAGAAACAUCUAUACCAACAGAGAGAUCAACAAUCACAACAACUCCUUCUGAAACAUCCACCACUAAUGUAGUAGGAUCAUUUUCAACAACAGUGACUUCCACAGUCAUGACAAGUCCAGCUGAAACAUCCACUAUCAGUGUAGCAGAAACAUCUUCAACAAAGGAGACUUUCACUUUCACGACUCCUGCUGAAACAUCCACCACUAGUGUAGCAGAAAUAUCUUCACCAACAGAGACUUUUAAAAUCACAACAACUGCGGCUGAAACAUCCACCACUAAUGCAGCCGAAAGAUAUUCAACAACAGAAACUUCCACAAUGACAACAACUCCUGCUGAAACACCCACAAUUAGUGCAACAGAAACAUCUACAACAACAGACACUUCCACUAUAACGACUCCUACUGAAAAAUCCACCACUAGUGCAGAAAAAACAGCUGCAACAACAGAGACUUCCACAAUAAUGACUCCUGCUGAAACAUCCACCAUUAGUUUAGUAGAAAUAUCUUCAACAACAGAGACUUCCACACUCACAACAACUUCUCCUGAAACAUCCACCACCAGUACUGCAGAAACAUAUACAACGAGGGAGACUUCCACAAAAAUAACAACUCCUGCUGAAACACCCACCAUUAGUGCAACAGAAACAUCUACAACAACAGACACUUCCACUGUAAUGACUCCUACUGAAACAUCCUCAACUAGUGCAGAAAAAACAUCUACAAUAACAGAGUCUUCCACAAUCACAACUCCUGCUGAAACAUCCACUAUUAGUUUAGCAGAAACAUCUACAACAACAGAGACUUCCACAAUCACAACAAUUUCCAGUGAAACAUCCACUAUCAGUGCUGCAGAAAUAUCUACAACAACAGAGACUUCCACAAUCACAACUGCUUCUGAAACAUCCACUACUAGUGUAGCAGAAACAUCUACAACAAUGGAGCCUGUAUAUGAAGUGAAAAUAAAGCUGGAGUUCCGCUCUAAAGAUUCAUUCAUAGAAGACCUCAAUGAUAGACAGUCUCCUGCUUUCAAAAACAGGGCUACGCUCGUUCAGGAUAUUCUUACACUUCUUUUCAAGAAGUUUGAUUCCUUCCUUAGGGUCACUGUACUACUAUUCAGAAAGGGAUCGGUCAUUACCACAUCAGAACUCGCUUUCAACUCUACACAGAAUGUCCCAUCAGAACUCCAAAUUGCAGAAAAAUUACUGAGUGACAAUAAAACUUUCUAUGCCCUGAACAUAGCUUCUUUCUCAGUUAAUAAUACAGAAUAUCUAUCAACAACCACAACUCCUGCGGCAACAUCUACAACAAAAACAGAGCCGUCCACAAUCAUAACAACUGCAACUGAAACAUCCACUACUAGUGCAGCAGAAAUAUUUACAACAGAGAUUUCCACAGUCAUAACAACUCCAGCUGAAACAUCCACUACUAGUGCAGCAGAAAUAUCUACAGAAACAGAGACUUCCUCAAUUACAACAACUGUGACUGAAACAUCCUCAACUAGUACAGCAGAAACAUCUACAACAGAGACUUCCACAAUCAUAACAACUCCACCUGAAACAUCCACCACUAGUGCUACAGCAACAUCUUCAACAACAGAGACUUCCACAAUCACAACAAUUCCUGCUGAAAUAUCCACAAUCAGUGUAGCAGAAACAUCUACAACAAUGGAGACUUCCACAACAACGACUCCUGCUGAAACAUCCACUACUGGUGCAGCAGAAAAAUCUACUACACAGAUAUCCACCAUCACAACAAUUCCUGCCGAAACAUCCACCACUAGUGAUGUAGAAACGUCUUCAAUAAUGGAGACUCCCACAUUCACGACUACUGCUGAAACAUCCACCACUAGUGCACCAGAAACAUCUACUACAAAAGAGACUUCCACAAUCACAACAAAUCCAGCUGAAAUAUCCACUAUCAGUGAAACACCCACAAUUAGUGCAACACAAACACCUACAACAACAGACACUUCCACUAUAACGACUCCUACUGAAACAUCCACCACUAGUGCAGAAAAAACAUCUACAACAACAGAGACUUCCACAAUCAAAAUAAUUUCUGCUGAAACAUCCACCACUAGUGCAGCAGAAACAUCUUCAACAACAGAGAAGUCCACAAUCACAAGAAUUCCUGCUGAAAUAUCCACUAUCAGUGUAGCAGAAAACAUACAACAAUGGAGACUUUCACAAUCAUGA